GCCCUGCCUGAUUUUGGCAGGCGCGUGUCCUUGUGGAGAGUCAGGCUUAUUUGGAAAAUAGGGAGUUGUCAGGCGGAAGAGAAGACUUGGCUUAACAUUACAUUAGCCUACUUUAACAUCCAAAGCUCUCACUGCAAGUUUACUGUGGCAUGUGUUUAAAACCUACAGUAGGCCUAUAACUAGCAUAUAUCUCAAACCGACCUUACAAGCCAAGGAAUUUGUUGAUGGAACUUAUCAUCUUAAUAGCCAUCCCUCUGGAAAGCGCUGGUGUGCUGUCAUUGCGUAAACGCAUCCCUCACCCCCACCCACCUCGAAAGUGCUACUUCUGGAGGACUAGAGCGGACAUCACUGGACCUCUCACCUCCCUAACACAGUCCGUCUCCUACAGCAUAUGUGUGGCUCUCCACCUUUCUCCAGCCGACAGUUAGGCUUCUGACAGCGCAAAUUUCUGUGACAGACAGAGUCAUCCCCGGUGUAGCCAGUCGACGCGUCACUCCCGCUGGGUUCUUGUGCGGAGGAUGGAGACGAACCCCAUUCCCGUGGUAACGGUCCAGACGAGCCCAUUUGAUGACCAGCGGCCCGGUACCAACGGGUUGCGGCGGAAGACGGCGGUGUUCGAGGGCAAGAAGAACUACCUGCAGAACUACAUCCAGAGUGUACUGUCGUCCAUCGACCUGAGGGACCGCCAAGGAUGCACCAUGGUGGUGGGUAGCGACGGACGCUACUUCAGCCGAGCCGCCACCGAAAUUAUAGUUCAGAUGGCCGCUGCCAACGGGAUCGGUCGGCUGGUGAUUGGACACAACGGCCUCCUCUCCACCCCUGCUGUGUCCUGCAUCAUCAGGAAGAUCAAGGCCAUUGGUGGAAUCAUCCUGACAGCCAGUCACAAUCCAGGAGGCCCCGGGGGAGACUUUGGGGUCAAAUUCAACGUGGCCAAUGGAGGCCCGUCCCCGGACACAGUGAUAGAGAAGAUUGCCCAGGUGAGUAGGACCCUGGAGGAGUAUGCCAUCUGUCCUGACCUCCGCAUUGACCUGGCCAGGCUGGGACGCCACGACUUUGACCUGGAGAACAAGUUCAAACCCUUCAGAGUUGAGAUAGUGGACUCAGUGGAGUUGUACCUCAACCUGCUGAGAACCAUCUUUGACUUCAGCGCCAUCAAGAGCCUUCUGACAGGACCUGAACAGCUGAAGAUACGGAUAGACGCCAUGAAUGGAGUGAUGGGUCUGUACGUGCGCCGUAUCCUGUGUGAUGAGUUGGGGGCUCCUGCCAACGCUGCUGUCAACUGUGUCCCAAUGGAGGACUUUGGGGGCCGGCCUCCAGAGCCCAACCUCACAUACGCAGCCCCAUUGGUUGAUGCUAUGAAGGGCGGAGACUUUGGUUUCGGAGCUGCGUUCGAUGCAGACGGGGACCGGUAUAUGAUCCUGGGUGAGAAUGGUUUCUUUGUGAACCCUUCAGACUCCUUGGCUGUCAUGGCGGCCAACCUCUCCUGUAUCCCUUACUUCAGACAGCUGGGACUAAGGGGCUUCGCUAGGAGUAUGGCUACCAGCACUGCCCUAGACAGCGUGGCCAAGGCCUUGAAGGUGGCACUGUAUGAGACUCCUACAGGCUGGAGGUUCUUUGGGAACCUGAUGGACUCCGGGAGGUGCUCGCUCUGCGGCGAGGAGAGCUUCGGGACAAGUUCAGACCACAUCCGUGAGAAGGACGGUCUGUGGUCGGUGCUGGUGUGGCUGUCCAUUAUGGCUGCCAGGAAACAGGGUGUGGAUGAGAUCGUCAAGGACCACUGGGCCAAGCUCGGACGCAACUACUUCUGCAGGUUUGACUAUGAGGGUGUGGACCCCAGAGCAGCCUUCUAUCUGAUGAGGGACUUGGAGGGGGUGAUCACAGACAAGACCUUCCCAAGCCAGAAGUUUGCUGUGGGGAGUACCGUCUACAGCGUGGAGCGGGCUGAUAACUUUCAGUACAUCGACCCUGUGGAUGGAACCGUGGUCCGCAACCAGGGUCUGCGGAUCGUCUUCACUGAUGCAUCUCGUCUGGUCUUCCGUCUGAGUGGGAGUGGGGGAGGGGCUGGGGCCACGGUCCGGAUCUAUGCAGAGAGCUUAGAGAGAGACCCCGAGAGGCAAAACAGAGAAACUCAGGCGGUGCUGGGUCCCCUCAUUGCUAUUGCCCUGAAGAUCUCUGACAUCCACGAGAAGACAGGACGCCGCAGCCCCACCGUCAUCACCUGAGCUCUGCUCCACCGCGCACACACACACACCUGAGUGCUCCCUCCCACAAAACAAUUACAUCCCUGAGGCCACAUUUACAUUUUAGUCAUUUAGCAGACGCUCUUAUCCAGUGAGUGCAUACAUUUUCAUACUGGCCACCCGUGGGAAUCAAACCCACAACCCUGGCGUUGCAAGUGCCAUGCUCUACCAACUGAGCUACACGGGACCAAGUCCUACUUGUUGCCACACCUGGUGCCAAUUGCAAGCAAGUGCUAUUCACUCUCUAUUUAUCUCAACAUUUUAAAUAUUAUGUAGUCUGCAAAGAAAAUAACCAAGCAGUGUAUUUCACCAGCUGAUGAAACAGAAAUUGUUCAUAUCAGGCCUCUGUUAUGAAAUAUUUAUUUUCUGGAUGCAUGAAAUUACAGCUACAAAGCCUGUGCCUUUAUCUAUGUGUGUGUGUGUGUGUGUGUGUGUGUGUGUGUGUGUGUGUGUGUGUGUGUCUGAUCAUUAUAAAGACAACUGACGGAAUUAAAGGAAGAAGUCCAGUUUUUCAUA